AUGGCGUCAACGAAAAAAGGGCUGGAUUUCGUUAAACAAGUGGCCGAUUACCUCACUAAAGGCAAAAGUUUCGAUCGAGUAACACAAAUGAUAAAAAUCACCAGCGGUGGGGAUGGACGUUGUGUCGGUGAAUUUACUGUGGCAGAAGAACAUCUUAAUCGCAUGGGCUCCUUGCACGGUGGCUUGACUGCCACCAUAUUGGAUAAUGUUACUACCUAUGCUCUAAUGUCUAAGGGCUCGCAUCCCGGGGUGACAUCCAGCUUAAAUGUUAGCUACUUAACAGGAGCUAAGCCUGGCGAUGUGGUCGAGGUCGAUGCAAACACAGUGAGAGCAGGCAGAAAAAUGGCCUACAUUGAAUGUGUAUUAAGACGCAAAUCGGAUGGCAAAGUGAUUGCCACUGGUGGACAGACCAAAUUUGUGGACUUGGAGUCUUAGAAAAUUAUUCAUUUGAUAUUACAAGCUAAGAGUCUACUUUGUUUAUACAAAAUAAAUUUGUUCUAGAUUCAAAAAGCCGUUAAAAACCCGCUCUGUUAUCGAUAACUG